AUGGUGAAGGUUGUUGCUGUCUUGGGUAACAGUGAGGGUGUUAAGGGCACAAUUUACUUCGUCCAGGAAGGAGAUGGUCCAACCACCGUCACCGGAUCCAUCACUGGCCUCAAGCCUGGGCUUCAUGGCUUCCAUGUGCAUGCUCUUGGAGACACCACCAAUGGAUGCAUGUCAACUGGGCCUCAUUUUAAUCCUGAAAUCCUGCUGGAAAGGAACAUGGUGCUCCUGAAGAUGAAAACUGACAUGCUGGUGAUCUAGGCAAUGCCACUGCUGGCGAGGAUG